AUGGACAGCCUACCUGAAGACAUCCUUUACCAGAUUCUGAUUGUCAUAAAACGCGCAUCAAUCACCCACCUAAGAAGAUGCAUCCUUGUUAACAAGGCAUGGUAUUAUACUGGCCUACCGUUACUCUACCGAAACCUAGCCCUGUCAUCCCGGUAUUUGGCCCUCUUCCUCGAGGGUUUCCGGUGGGAGGACCAUGCCCACCUCGUCCGGUCCUUGACGGUGCACGUCUCGGCACCACCUCGCAUGCGCUACAGCAGCGGCGCGCAAAUGUGCAACGCGAGAGAUCAGAGGGAUCUCGAGAUGGCCAUGCUCUCGGAGAAGCUCGGGGGCCUGGUCAACCUAGCAUCCUUCUCUCUCCACGCGCCAUUCCGGGAGGUGGCGUCCGUCACCCGGCGUGCCGUGAUUGCCCUGUUGGAGAACCUACCCUCUUCUUGCACAUGCCUAGAGAUCGAUACGGCGGAUUCCGACGACCGGCUCCAGGGCGAGUCCCUCCAUGUGUGCGAGUCGCUCAGGGCCGUUCUGCCCCGGAUGCGUUUCGCACGUAUACGGACUAGCGCCAUGUGCUGUGCCAUGUUCGGCAACGGGCCCGACCCAAACCGGGACCCGGGUACGGAAGACGACGGACAGGCUUCCUUCCGCCCCAUCGCCCUCCCUCACAUGGAGUCGCUGCUCGUGAACUGCAUCACGACGGACUGCUACGCUCUCCCGCGCUGCCAGCACCCAGCCUGGGACGACGGGCUGCUCGACCCCGGAUCGCCCGACGCCUGCUGGCCGUCGGUCACGGCGGCGCUUCAAAUCCUCACGGACACCAAGGGCGCCGUGAAGCCGGACGCGAGCAUCACCGUCAUGGGCUACACGCUCCCGGGAGACCCCACGACUUGGCCGUAUGGUCGGCCCAUAUCCGCGCGGACGAUAUCCCCGAGCCCUGGAUCGUGCGCAUCCCGGGCCCGAGGGACUUUAGGGUCCUCGGACGCCAUCGAGCCCGUCGCCGAGGAUCAUAACUGGGUCGCCGUCUACGGCGGGUCGAGGCUGCCCCGGCCCGUGGUGGCGGCCGAGAUGCGCGGCGAGCGGUCCAUUGCGAUGGGGUGCCUGGUCAAGCCGGCGUAUCUCAAGUCGGCGGCGAAAUGGCUCCAGGAAAACCCGGGGCAGAUACCGACGCACUGGCUCAACGAGAACCAGUGCGGGUUGAAGCUCUUUACGGCGGAGAAGCGCGAAGGAGAGGAGUAUCUGUCCCUGGAGCCGAUUCGGGAAUGGACCCCCGCCGGGUGGAUCAGAGGGUCGCACAACAUGUUCAUGCGCAGGAGAAUGGUUCGCUAA